AUGGCCAGAUUCAGAAGACAAGCACGGGCUCGGCCUUGGCUGGUUGCUGGUGGCGGAGGUCAGGCCGGAGUUGCGCUCACCAGCAAAGGCCGCUGGUGGCUCUGGCUUCCCGGUGGCCCGCAGUCUGGGCAGCGUGAUGGGGAGGAAUCAGCAGCUGCACAGGAAUCUACUUCGGUCCACGCUGCUGAGCAGAAGUAUUUUCCCGGACGCAAAAGCCUCCGGAGCGAGCAAAGCUUGUUUCUGGCCGGUUCUGCUCUGCAGGUGCCGCUGCUGGGUGUGCUCGUGGCAGCGUGGGGCAGCGGUCGAGUAAAGCGUGGUGUUGGUGCUGAACAGGAACCGAUCUUUAGAGCUCGCUUUAAAUAUGAUGUGAAAAGUCAUGUGAGAGAGCAGCCGGGACGUGUGGAGCCCCAUCUGGGGAGGGAUGAUGACCCAUCUGAGAGCCUACAGGUCAGGAUUAGCGGGCAGACCAGCAUUAUUGACAGUGUUAUUGUACAUGUCUGCUACAGGCAGCUCCAUCAGCAAGAAUCAGGUGAAGCUUCAGAUGACUGGAGGAAGCCUCAUGCUGUUCAAUUAACCCCUAGACGAUGGCUGAACCUGCAGGAGUACCAAAGCAAAAAACUGAUGGCAGACCACGGGGUUACAGUUCAGAGAUUCUUUGUAGCUGAUUCUGCAAAUGAUGCCCUGGAGGCUGCUCAGAGACUAAAGGCAAAUGAAAUCGUUCUGAAGGCACAGAUUCUGGCUGGAGGGAGAGGAAAAGGUACUUUCAAUAGUGGAUUGAAAGGAGGAGUUCAUCUAACUAAAGACCCUAAGAUUGUUGAACAGCUUGCUAAACAGAUGAUUGGGUACAAUCUGUCAACAAAGCAAACUCCAAAGGAUGGUGUGACAGUUAAAAAGGUGAUGGUUGCCGAAGCACUGAAUAUUUCCAGGGAAACGUACUUCGCGAUUUUGAUGGACAGAGCCUGCAAUGGACCUGUUAUGGUUGGCAGUCCACGGGGAGGUGUUGACAUAGAAGAAGUUGCAGUUACUAGCCCAGAACUUAUCUUUAAGGAGGAAAUAGAUAUUUUUGAAGGCAUAAAGGAUCAUCAGGCCUUGCAGAUGGCAAGAAAUUUGGAAUUCAAAGGACCUUUGCAGCAGCAGGCAGCAGAUCAAAUUAAGAAGCUGUAUAAUCUUUUCUUGAAAGUUGAUGCCACUCAGGUUGAAGUGAAUCCCUUUGGUGAAACUCCAGAAGGACAAGUUGUUUGUUUUGAUGCCAAGAUAAACUUUGAUGACAAUGCAGAAUUUAGGCAAAAAGAAAUAUUUGCCAUGGAUGACAAGUCUGAAAAUGAGCCUAUAGAGAAUGAAGCUGCCAAAUAUGACUUAAAGUAUAUAGGACUGGAUGGAAAUAUUGCUUGCUUUGUCAAUGGAGCUGGACUUGCAAUGGCAACAUGUGAUAUAAUAUCCUUGAAUGGUGGAAAGCCAGCCAACUUCUUGGAUCUGGGUGGAGGUGUGAAAGAAGCACAAGUAUAUCAAGCAUUCAAGCUGCUGACUGCUGAUCCAAAGGUUGAAGCAAUACUCGUAAACAUCUUUGGUGGGAUCGUGAACUGCGCCAUUAUAGCCAACGGCAUUACCAAAGCCUGCCGAGAGCUUGAGCUGAAAGUACCGCUGGUGGUCAGGCUGGAAGGAACAAAUGUUCACGAAGCCCAGCGUAUUCUGAGUGAAAGUGGACUCCCCAUCACGUCUGCAAAUGACCUUGAGGAUGCAGCAAAGAAGGCAGUGGCUAGCUAG